AUGACUACCGCCAUUUACUAUCCUGAAGAUCAUAAACAUCAUACCCUUCCUUCGUUAUCACAAAUCAUGCCACAAUCAUCACAUCCUAUUCUGCCUUCACAAAUGGGCGUUGUCAACUUGUCCACGGCAGUUGGCUCUGGAUCUGUUGCAGGGGUUGUCCCUUUCCAGUCUGACAUUUUUUCCAACGGUGGACUGCACCCACUGACUGCAAGUACCACACCCGCAUCAUCAUUUUCAGGUCAGUCAUCUGGGUACGCUGUUUCCGGCGCGCAUAAUGUUAACGUACACGGAGGUGCAGAGAAGUGUACUUGCAAAAGUAACGCAAAUAGAAUCCCUAGACCGAGAAAUGCCUUUAUUCUAUUCCGCCAGAAGUACCAUCAGUCCGUACUUGAUGAGGGUACUGUGAUCCGCACAAACCCUGAAGUCCUGAGGGAGUUGGGUAGAAGAUGGAGAAAUCUUUCUGUGGAGCAGAAGGAUUACUGGAAUAACUUGGCUGAGGAGGAGAAGACAACCCAUGCAAAGAAGUAUCCAAAUUACAGAUACACCCCUAGAAGAAAUGGGAAGAGCAAAGAUUGUGAAGCUUGCAGACAGAAGUCUUUACGUCAACAACAAGCACAACUUCAUAAUCAACAAAUGAUGCAGUUGCAGCAAGAUCAGUAUCAGCAAUAUUUACAAUUACAACAACAAGUUCAACUGCUGCAAGUCCAGCAGCAACAACUUCAGCAGCAGCAGCAAAUUAACCAGAUGAACCAAUUGAGUCAAAUGAACCAAAUGAACCAAAUGAAUCAAAUUCAGCUGCAACAAACAAUACAACAGCAGGUACAACCACCUCAACAGCCGCAGCAGCAACCACAACUGCAACUGCAGUUACAACAGAUGCCGCAACUGCAACAACUGCAAAUGACCACUAGCAACAGCGGAUCUAUUUCCCUGAUUGCUCCACCUCCAUUGCCACAACAGUAUGUUCAGUACGUUCCCUUCCAACAGAAUUUCCAGAUGGCAUUUGGAGAAUCGAACAUGAUGCAACAGUCUCAACAGCAACAGCAAAACCAAUCUCAAGCAAUUGACCAAAAGCUCCUGCCAUUAUCUGCUCCUAAUACCGUUAACGAUUUUAAUAAUAACCCUCAAUUUAACACCAUUACAGGCUAUGAUCAAAGAUACUACACAUCUGGAAUGGAGAUGACCAAUUAUCAAAUAUAG